AACUGUGUGUUAUAGUGGUUCCAGAAGUAACAACAGUUUGCAAUCUGUUUUCUUGACGGGAAGUUAAAUUGAAAGUUAGUCAUAGAAUUGAUAGUUAUUUUGAAGGACCUGUUAGUGAACAAUGUAUCAACAUCAAUCGAAACAAAUGAAUGUGUGGUAGUGGCCUAAGAUUGUACAGGCAGAUAAUGUACAUGUGCCUUUAUCUCGUAAGCGGUGAUAGUAAUUGAAUCUCACGAACGACGACGGUAGAAGUUUAGUUACGUUUCAGUUGAUCGCAGCCGUUGUUCGGAUUUCAAUAUUUCCGCCCAUGUGAGGGAAAAUGGUGGAUAAACGACCGAUAGUACAAAUUAAACCAGGAAAAAUUGCUGGAUUGGAAGCUACUCUCCCAAAUGGAAAAACUUGGUACAAGUAUAAAGGGAUACCCUACGCUGAACCCCCAAUUGGUAGACUUCGAUUCAAGCCUCCAGUUCCACUGGAGAGGUUUAAUUCCUAUCCGUUGGACUGCACCAUGGAAAGAAAUGUUAGUCUUAGUAAUAGUUACAUUCCACCCGAUAGUCAAGCAUCAGAAGAUUGCCUGUUUUUAAAUGUGUUUACACCAACUCCACCUACAAAACAAUCUCGAGUGCUAUUACCAGUAAUGGUUUGGAUUCACGGUGGUGCUUUUUGUAGUGGGAGCGGCGAUCCUUCAAUCUACAACCCAGAAUAUCUGGUACAGGAAGAAGUUGUGGUAGUGACUUUGAACUACCGUUUAGGUCCUCUUGGUUUCCUUUGCCUACCGUCGGUUGGAAUCUAUGGAAAUAUGGGACUCAAGGAUCAACGACUUGCUUUGAAGUGGGUGCACGACAACAUUCGAAACUUCGGUGGUGAUCCUCAUAACGUUACCUUAUUUGGUGAAAGUGCUGGUGGAUGCUCAACGCACUUUCACUGCCUGAAUGAAGAAUCAGCGAAGUAUUUUCAUAAGGCUAUUUGCCAGUCAGGUGUCGCUACUAGUUCGACGGUACUACAAAUUGAUCCAGAAGUAAAAGCUCGUCGGUUGGGACAGUUCCUCGGCUGUCGAGGGAAUACAGACUCUGAAAUUUACGACUUUCUUUUAUACAUAUCAGCGGAAGAAAUCGCUGUUAAACAAAAAGGUGCUUUGACGGAGUACGAGCAAACGCUGGAUUCCUACUAUCCAUUCAAACCAGUUAUUGAGGUGCCAGACUCGGAACAUCCAAUCAUAUCGGAGAAUAUUCUCGAUACUCUAGAACGGCCUAAUAGGGUUCUAAUACCAAUGAUUAUAGGAAUCACCAGCGAGGAAGCAAUUUAUAAAGGCAAUUCGUUGAUAAACAAUAUGGAAAGGUACAAAUCCGAGCCAUAUAGAUUUGUACCAAGUUCUCUGGAUGUUCCAAAAAAUCUCAAAUUAUCGGUAGCCCACAAUAUCGUAAAAUUUUACUGCGAAAGCUCAGAACCCACUGUCGAUAAUCUGCUAGGUUUAACCAGAAUAUUUUCUGAUAACUUAUACAUCAUUCCAACUUUAUUGACGCUCGAGUUACAUAACAUUUACCAAUCCAUAGCUCCUGUCUACUUCUAUCAGUUUGCUAUGGAGACCGAAUUAAAUAAAUUCCGUCAGUUAUGGAAAGCUCCAGAUUGUCUGCGAGGUGCAUCCCAUGCAGACGAUAUUUACUAUUUAUUCAGUUCGUCGUACUUUUACACGAAAGCGAUAAAAGAUGGAUCCAAAGCAGACCAGAUGAGAAAGCUUAUGUGCAAACUAUGGACCAAUUUUGCAAAAACGAACGACCCUACCCCGGAGAGUUGUGAUUUAGGAUUCCGAUGGGUGCCUUACCGAUCUGCCUCUGACGAGCAUUGUGUAAACUGUUUGCAGUUGGCCGAUCAGGUGAGAAUGGUAGAGAAUCCAUACAACGAGAGACUGCUGUUUUGGAAAAGUUUAUAUAGUCGGUACAAUAGAUCUUUUUUGAAGCCAAAGCUGUUAUAAUCUAAAUGCCUAAGUUUCUUAUAUAUGCAAGUUGUUAGUUGAUGUACUUGUUAUUAACUUAUUCUCCACUGAAUUGUAUUAUCGAUUUCGAUGUUAAUAAACCAUAUAUUUAGA